GUGCAAAACAUAUGAGUGUAAGAUUGUGAUAAUAGUGUUUUGUAUUAUCAAAUUAUUUAAUCAAUUAUAUUUGUAACCUGUUUAGAUAUCUGUGGUAAUAUUGCCAUAGUGAUAGUAUCUACCGACUUAUGCCACAGAAUAUUGUGUUUCUUAUACCAUAUUAUUACAUCAAUACUAUAUUACUAUAAUAAUAGUCACUUAUAAUUAUCACUUCUUAGUUUUUACUUCAUGAUUUUUAUAUGACAGUUAAAACUUAAAAAUUAAACUAAAUUUAAAUACAUAUUUAAUUAUUUCAUCAAGUUGAUGUUUAUAAGUCAUUGUGAUUAGUGCGUUUGAAUUUUUGUCAAUUACUUGUUAUCGACUGGAAAUGUUUCCAUUUGUUUUAAACUGACAUCAGAAGUAAUUUCGAUAAUGUUGUACAUUUAUCUACUUAUACUUAGAAGGUUGAUGAACAAAUUAACCAAACUAUCAAGUACGUAAACUAUGAGCGUAAACUAUGUCAAAAUCCAGCGCAUGUUUACACAACGGAGCCAGCAGUGACGUAAUUUACGACUAUUAAAACCAAAUAUGUUGCCAUCACAGCUCCCCCAUAUGGAAACCAGCAGCAAAAAAAGCUUCAUGUGUGGUGAACUUAACUGUACUACGAUGAACACGCAAAAUCCAAACGGAGAAUUAGCCGGAUCUGUAGCACUGGUAACGGGAGGCGGUCAAAGAAUGGGUCUCGCGAUCGUCGACGAGCUGCUAAAAAACGGUGCUUUUGUAUCACUAAUAGAUAUUAACGAAGAAACAGGAAACAAAGCGAUCAGAGAAUUAGAAAUCAAAUACAAAUCGUCUUCAAGUAGAUUAUUAUUUGUCAAGUGUGAUGUUACCAAUAAAAUCGAAUUCGAAGACUCUUUUAAAAAGACUAUUGAAAAAUUUGGGAAAAUAAACAUAGUUGUUAAUAAUGCCGGUAUCAUGACCAAGUAUAUUACUUCGUGGGAGCUAGCCAUCGAUUUAAAUUACAAAGCAGUAGUUCAUGGUACCAUACUAGGUCUCAAAUACAUUGAAAACAAAGUGGAUAGAAACUCUGCUGUAAUUAAUAUAGCAUCGAUAGUUGGACUAUCCAACACUGUCUUACCCAUAUACCAAUCGACCAAAAGAGCCGUUAUCGAUUUCACAAAAUGUAUUGGAUGUCCGUUCAAUAUGAAAGCACACGGAAAUAACGUCAGAGUUAUGGCUAUUUGUCCCGGUCCUACGUUCGACGGAUUUGAUAACAACAUAGAUGAAAAAAACUCUUUAGAGCACGAAAUUAAGGAAUUAAUAAUUAACGGUGAAGAGACUCCAAAUCAAAAUAGAGUAAUAACAAUACAGAGCACUGAUUAUGUUAAAACUGCAUUUCUUCACGCUAUGAAAAAUGGUCAAAGUGGAGACGUUUGGAUAACUGAAAAUAAAGAGUCUGCGAGACUUGCACAUUUCUACACCCAAUAUUAAAUACCGACUUCUAAUUGAAUUUUAAUCCUGUAAAAACAUAAAUUAUGAUGUAAUUAAUACAUUUAUUUAAUUUGCUACAAUAAAAAAUAAUUAUAUUAAAACAUAAUUAUAUACCAUAACAGUUUAAUUCAGUUUAAUCAAAACUGUAUGUGGUAGUAAAUACUCUUGUCACUUAAACGUUAUAAAUAUUAAUAUUGCAAUUGUAAGUAAUAAUAAACCAACGUAGAUAUUUUAUAAGUUGCUUUUUUUAAAAAAUUUAAACGACUAGCUUCCUACAAUAUCUAUGCAUUUAAUAGUGAUAUUUUUUUCACUGUCAUUCGUGUCGCAAAAAUUGGCAGUUAGCCACCUCUGUACCCUGAACCUCGCCUUAUCGUGUAGACUGCAGAAAAUGCCCGAAAUAGUUCUUGUUCUGUACGAACACUUAUUGCGGACCAAAACAGUGGCACGUAAAUAUUUACGCUAUUCUUAUCACUGUUAUCAGUGUUAUCAUUUUAGACUCUCCUGAACAUUUUACUUUACUACAUUAUUUGCUAACCACUACAACAAACAGCCUGCUAGAACGUGGCAGACAGCUAUCAGUUUUCGUAACGCGGACUAUAACGUUUGUUUAUGUAUUAUUAUAUACACUUAGAUGGCAACCUAUUAGUGUACGUGUUGGUUGAAUUUAUUUUUACCGACAUUUUAAAAUGCCAUUGUGGGUAUAAAUAAAAUAUAAUGAUGUA